CUCACAUGGUCACCAUGCACGACCAGACAUCCGACCCAAGGAAUAACGACCUGAGAGACUACAAUCAUGAGAAUGACCUGAAAUACACGUUGGAGAUUUGCCAGUGGUUGCUGAAGCCGCUCGGGCUGUGGGGCAUAGUUUACCAUCGUGUCAGCAGUCUGGAGAGAGCUGUCGCGAUCAUACUGCUGUUCCUUUGCUUCUUCACUCUAUUCUUCCUGAUCGUGCCGACAAUCUACAAUGUCUGCUACGUGGAGAAAAACAUGGAGGCCAAAGUGAAGCUCAUGGGUCCGAUCGCUUUCUGCUUGUUCUCCACGGUGCAAUACUGCUACAUCUGCGCGAAGAGAAGCCUCUUGGGAAAGUGCUUCGAACACGUGGAGAACGAUUGGAGAACGAUAGGGGACCAGGACCACCGUGCCAUCAUGCUGAAACAAGCGGCCAUCAGCAGACGCCUGGUCAUCAUCUGCAUCGUCUUCUUCUAUUCCGGAGGCAUGUCCUAUCAGACGCUGAUGCAGUUCUCGUCGAAGCCGACGCAGCAAUCCAACGUUACCCUGAAACCGCUUACUUAUCCCAGUUUCGAGUUCCUCGACGUCCAGUCCAGUCCUACCUACGAGAUCGUGUUCUUUCUUCAGACCGUCGCAGCGAUAAUCCUGCUCAACGCCACGAUAGCUGCGUACAGUAUGACCGCGACAUUCGUCACGCAUAUCUGCGGACAGAUUCAGAUCCAGAUAUUACGGUUGGAGAACUUGAUCGGGGAAAGACCGGGGAAGAACAGUUUCCAGGAACGUAUGACGGUCAUCGUUCACGAUCACGUCGAGGUGUUGAGGUUUUCUAAGAACGUUGAUAAAGCUUUGUCAGAGAUAUUCUUGAUAGAGAUCGCUGCGUCAACGUUCAUCAUGUGUAUGCUCGAAUACUACUGUUUAAUGGAAUGGAGGAACAGCGACAUGAUCGCGGUGGCAACGUACUUUAUGUUGUUGACCUCCAUGACAUUCAAUGUUUUAAUAUAUUGUUACGUGGGUGAACUUCUAUCCGAACAGUGUAGUCAAAUCGGCGGAACUACCUACAACAUUCAUUGGUAUAAUUUACCAGCGAGGAAGGCCUACAAUUUCAUCCUACUGGAAGCUAUAUCUCUCUAUCCGCCAAAACUCACCGCUGGCAGAAUAAUUGACCUCACUAUAAACACGUUCGGUGUUGUUGGUGAUUUCGUGGUUAAGAAUGUUUCCAAUGUGCAGGACAGUUUUUUAAGAUUUGACUAUUUUCAGGUGUUGAAGACAUCUGUAGUGUACUUGAACCUGCUUCGAACGGUUACCAAUUGAUUUUCUAUGAGACCUAUUGAUAGAACGCAUUUAGUAAAACGUAUUCUUCCUGAUGGAGCGUUGCCAUCAGGCAGCUUUGUAAAUUAUGUAGAAUGAAGAAGCAUAUCCAAAUUGGAAUAUUUUACUAGAAUAGUAGC